AAGACACAGAAGAAGAAAAAAGGGUCGGCAAAGAUGGCUGCCUCUGUUCACUGAGGGGGACAAAUGCACGUUUAGACUAUUGUUGACCAUAUAAUAGACAUCUGCAAAGACAAUGUUUUUAAAACACAGCUUGAUAUCAACGGUGACGGCUGUGCGGACAUGGAAUGUACUGUCCGGUCUGAAACACGGCAGUGUCCGGUUAGCGGCGCGGCAGCACGGUCACUGCAGCUCCAGGGGACAGCGCUGUGUUAACUUCAGCUGGAUGGCGCCUGGUUCACUUAAAAGAAAUGAAACCUGCACAAGCCUGCCUGUGAGACAGUAUGCCCGAGUUGUACAAAAAAAGUCAGAAUUUCAGAGUCAACUACAAGACCUGCCAGCGUCAAAGCUGAAACUUGAAUAUGCGUCUGUCCCACUGGCUCACACGGUUGAUGGUGUGGUGAAGAAGCUUCUCUCACUGGAGCUUGCAAGUCAUAGUGAAAGACUCCGCCUCAAAGAGGAAGAACUGAUUGCAAAGGUCCAGAGGCAUGAAAACGAUCGAAACUCAACAGAGGUUAAGGUGGCCAUUUUAACGGCACGCAUACACAAUUUUCAGGAGCAUUUACAGAAGCACCCUAAGGACAAAGCUAAUAAGAGGUGGAUGCUGAUGAGCAUUGACCGCAGGAAGAAAUUGCUCAAAUAUUUGAGAAGGUCACGAUACAAUGCUUUUGAGAAGGUCUGUGCAGAGCUGGGGAUCACAUACACCUUCCCACCGGAGUACUACAGACGGGCAACACGACGCUGGCUGACUAAAAAAGCCCUCUGCAUCAAGGUCUUCAAAGAGGUCCAGAAACAAAAGGCAGAGAAAAGAAAAAAAGCACUUGCUCAGAAGAAGGCAAGGAGCACGAGCUCUAACCCUACAGAUUCCCAGGGGACUCCAGUAUAAUAAAAUCCACCAUAAAUAUUAUCACACAACAAUCUCAUGCAACAUAACCACAACUAAUAAAACUUGCAGAGUAUUGAAUACUGAAGAUCCUGACAUCGUGUUUUCUGUUGAAAUUGUACAUUUGUUAUGCUUUCCCAAAACUGAUGUGUUCCUUAUUUGCUUUGAUUUAUGCUAAACCUUAGUACAAGUGGGAAAAGUAAAUAUUGUUCAUCUGUCGCUAUUAUUAAAUAAAUGGUUUGUGCACUGGGUUACAUGGGAGCUGUUUUUAUGAGAUGUACAUCAGACUAUCAGACUGACUAAUGAAAGGUUAAGACAAAGAU